AAUGAUUUAGUUUAUACAUGGGAAUGAUUAAAAUAGUAAAGUAUUUUAUGAGGAUCUAUCAUAAUCGAAUAAGCAGAAGAUCGGAAUGUUGUUAAAAAAAUAUGUUUGCUAGAAAUGUUUUGUCCUAAUUAGAGCAGUGGCAAUUUGUUUAUUAAGCAGAAUUGGAUGUGAUGAACCUAAUCCAGAUUAAAUUUAAGUUAUUAGACAAUUUAUGAAGAAGAAAUAUUUUGCUGGGAGGUAGGCCUAGGGAAGCUAAUUUCAUUAUAGGUUUUGUCGAUAGAUAAUUUUUUGUAUUGGAUCCCCAUUUGGUAUAAGAAGCCAAUAUGAAUCCUGAAGAAUAUGUAAAAUCGUGUUUUCCAGGGGAAGCUCUCUUUAUGAGAGACAAAGAAAUUGAUUGUUCUCUUGGAUUGGUGUUCUAUUUGACAAAUGAAGAGGUUUUGAUUGAAUUAAUCUAUGAUAUUUAAGCUUAUCAGCAAAUCAACUUCUUUUCCUUUGCAAAAAUACAAAUUGGAUGCACUUUAAGACUCAAAAAGUAGAGGAAAUUUAAAAAAUAAAGAGAUGCAAGAUUUCUUAAAAGAUAUUCUGAUUAAAUAUUAAUAAUAAGAUUAAAUACUGAAUCCAGAUGCCUCAGAUGA